AUGGUUUCAAAACCAAAGCGCGUUGCUACUGCAGCAGCAAGAAAGGCGGCUGUACGCAUGCGUGCAGCCGGAGAGAGUACUUCUUACACCUCAGCAGCAGGUGAUUCGUCGCCUGUUGUUGUUAACAGUCCACGUGGUGAGUCACCACGUGCGACAAGUACAUCCGCUGCGUCUGCAGAGGGUACCGCGAAUCGUAAUUCAAAUGAGCCCGAAAUAGAGCUCAUCUAUUCUAGCGAGUCGGAUGGUGUAUCCGACUCGAAGGCGACACCUCACGCCUCCGGAUCACCCGAAGCGGACACUGCAAGAGCCAGGUUGAAUGGCUCUGGUCAACGUGGCGGCAUCAGGCUCGAGAUUUCGGAUCGAGCGAUUGUUCCGACGAAUCCUCACCUCGCGCGAGUCCAUCCAAAGAUAGGACGAGUGGGGAUGGUUGUGAUGCACCUAUACAUCACCACGAGCGAAGUAACUCGAGAAAUCGAGAUGUCACUGGUGUUAGUGCUCGUGCUGACACCAAUCAAGAGGCUAGGGACCGACAUGUCCUGCGCCGCGCUCCUCAAGUGGAGUCUCCUUGGAUGCCGUCAUACAAAGAGUUGGACCGGUUGGCCGGCAUGA